AUGGUAGGUGUACCUCGCAGCAGCGGCUGUCGCCUCUGUGUAAAACGCCGGGUGAAGGUAUGUAUCCCCGCCGCUCAGGACAAUUUCGCCUUCAUAACUUACCGAACGCCACAGUGCGAUGAAAGGGUUCCAGGCUGUGCCAAGUGUGAAACAUAUGGUCAGCUAUGUCCUGGAUAUGAGAAAGGCUUUAAAUUUAUUGCUGGAAAGCCCCAUAGAACCCGACGCCGCGCUCCUGAGACAAUAGAAGGACAGAGUAGCGACACAAGUCAUGCAUCGUCUAGCGUGAAUUCAAGCCCAAUUUCGAGCGCGCCUGGAUCUGAACUUCAAUGGGUGACCCGAGAAGAAAUUCCGUCCACUAUGAUUUCUGUCGAUCUAAACGUGCUACAAAGCAUAAGUGCUCUUAUCAAUGAUUUUACGUCUCCUGGUGCUCCGCAGAGCCCCGAUAUCCUUAUGGCCAGCUGGUUUGGAUCCCUACCAUCCAUUUAUGGGCAGAACCGAGCAUUGGAUGCGACAAUUAAAUCGUUCACAGCACAUCACUUUGGUCGAAUGCUGCAAAACCAACAAAUGGUUGUCUACUCCCGUUCGGCCUAUGGUGAAGCAUUGCACUGCCUUCGGAAGUCUCUCAUGAACACAUCGGAAGCCCUCUCCUCCAAUAUCCUUUGUACCGUUGUGUUGCUUUGCUUAUAUGAGCUUUUUACAGACACCGAGACUCCCGAUUCGUGGAUGAAGCACGCAAAAGGACUCGGCCAACUAGUGAAAGUACGGGGGUCUGAUCGAUACCGCAACCAGCUUGAAAUCUCAUUGCUAAAAUCUGCCCGGGGUCUAAUAGUUAUGCAUUCGAUGUUCUCGGGGGAAGAUUGUUUCUUGGCCUCCCAGGAAUGGCAUGAUCUGAUGCGAGAGCAACACAUAACGACCAUGUCGAAGGACUACCACGACAGUAUUGAGCAGUACUUUGCUUACUUCACCCACUCUCCACGGAUUGUACACAAUCUUUUCCGCCUGAGAGAAAUGGAUCACACAAUGCCAGAGACACUACAAGAGAUAUCCGAAGCUCUAACGCAGGUACUAGACAUGCAAAGUAAAAUGGCUGUCUGGUAUGAAAAAUGGUCUCAAAUAUCUUCUCCUCCAAUUGAGAUCCCUUCCUUCACUGGCGACGCUUUAUUCCCGAUGAUUUUAACAUAUAAAGAUGUGCUUGACGCCUCGGUAUAUUGCGGCUACUUUGCUUAUAUGGUAAUUAUCCAUGAAGCAUUGAGGAGUUUCGGGUAUCCAGGUCCCCAAGAGGCUAUGGUGACUUUCUUCCGCGAUCAAAUAUGCAAGUCAAUCGAGUACGCCGCAAUUGGAACUCUGGGUCCUUUUCGUAUCGGAUUUGCUAUGCGGGUUGCAAUCGAGACGGCAGACCCAUUAAUACGAUCAUGGCUUUUAAGUCACCUGCAAGAGUUUUCAAAGACCUAUGCUGCUGCCAAACCAGAGAACUAUGGACCAAUCCUAUGA